GGAAAUUUCGGACGUCAGAGAAAUAUACCGCGAAUGGUUGUUCUUUUUAAGACGGUGCGGUGUACCGGUUGUGGAGUGUGGACUUGUGGUUGUGGAGUGCAAAAAUUCCCAUUGGUUAAGUUCUAUAUUUAAAUAAAUUAAAAUGUCUGAUUCGGAAGAAGAUUGGUUCGACAAAGAUGAGGACGAAAUCGUCAAAAGCAUCAAAAAGCAGGAUGACGGAAAACCACCAGUGGAGUACAUCGAAUGUGCCACAAACUACGAGCCUAUGUAUGAUUUUUCCAGCUCUAAUGUCAAAUCGCUAUCGUUCAAAAAACUAAACCUCAUGGCCACUAUGGAACCUCUGGACGCAUUCCUCGAAGUUGGCACGAGUGAAUUUCUGCGAAGUUUCAACGUCAACACCAAGCUCGAUUCGAUAAUGCUUAUUUUGAAGAUCUUUGGGAAUCUUUCGCGUCUGCAUCUUCAGUUGCCGGACUUUGUUUCGGAUUGCAUGCAUGUUUUUGUUGAAGAUGAGUGUCUCAAUCGCAACAUAACCAACUUGGCGAAAAAGCUUUUCGGCCCGUCUCACUCUAAGUUUUGGGUAGAGAGCAACAUUGACGUCAACGAUUUGAUUAAAGAUUUAAUUUCGAUUUUUGAGAGAUCUUUUGAGUUCGGUCUGCAAAAUGAUAAACUCAAAAAACUCAUUGACCAGAUACUGGCUACCUUGGCUUCUGCUAAACAAGUUGAAAAUAUUGUAGAAUUCAAGGAUAAGCUUCUAGACUUGGAAAAGCAGUUUAAACAACCCGUUGCGAUGAGAAGAACCGAAGAAUCGGAGAUAUUCCCCACUUUGGACGAUUUACACACCGAUAAAGUUGCUGUUUUAAAACCAAACAUUGUCAAUGGUAAGUUAGUUAAAUGCAUUUUAAAGUAAAAAAAAAACAAUACA